CCCAGGUCACUAGCGUAGCGUCUUGACUGGUAACCGCUGUUCGCGAGUUUACUAACCGCUUCAGCUGCUCCGAUUCAACGUGGAUGAACGCCACCCGGUGGUGUGCCUGGUUGCGGAAGCCACGAUGUUUGGUUACGAUUAUUAUCAGCAAGUUUCGUUUAUUAUUUUUAUUGUUACUACACAGCACCGCCAUUGUCAUUAGUUGUGGCAUCCGUAGUCGCGUUACUAUUAUUAGUUUCUCCUGCCUUCUGCCAUACCUCCUCGGGUCCUGCUGCUGUUGAGGCCUGCUCAAUAGGGGGCCACCCAAUUUCCGUGCCCUUCACGCGUGUUGAUUAUGAAUUGCCUGGUCGGUGGACUUGCGGCUUGGAGAACCUUGGAAGUCUUGCCGACGAACCGAAACCUCAAGGUAAUGGUGGAUUCCUGGCAGGAUUCUUCUUUUUCCGGUUUUUUUUUUUUGUUCCUUGUCGUUGCUGUUUGUUCUCUUCGGGAGCACAGAAAACGGAGCAGAAUUUAUGCAAAGAAGGACGAAAGGCCCGCAACAGUGCCCGACAUUCAUCAGUAAAGCAGAAGCGGCAAUAGCGUCUGUCGGUCGCCAGGUUAGGUAGGUUAGUUCAUUGCUUCCGCUCAUCUGAAGCAGUUCGCAAUUAGCCGCAGGCAAAGGUAGUACGUGCUACGAGGCUGACCGAUAUUCCUAGCGUAGGCUGGAAAGUGCGCGCGCCAUCAGUGACAUCAGGAUGGCGAUGCUGAAGGGCGAAGAUAGUCCACCGCGUCCACCGGCCAUCGUGUCGUACGCGUUCGAGAAGGAGCUGAUCAACAGGCAGAACCGGUACAUCCGGCUGUACGAUAGCUUUCUGCCGAACCUGAAGCGUGUGCCGAUAGCGAUCAAGUUUUGGUCGAAGUACGACUCGACCGCGGCAGGACGCAGCGGGCUGCCGAACUUUGACCAUUACUGUGCCCUGGUGGAGAAAACGAUUGCGGAAGGCCCGCGGGAUCGCUAUCCGGAACCGAUCACCGAGAGUCAGUGCUACGGUUGGUACUUUGAACCGUUCUACCGCUACGAAGGACGCGACAUCCACUUGCUGUAUCAUCCGAAGAAACGCUCACCGAUCACACUGGUGGGCGAAAAGAUCAAUGCGGACCGGAUAACGCAGCGUCCCCGUUUUACUGGCGUACCCUUCAAGCUGACAUCUUAAACGUCAAUCAAGCACGACUCCAUUUAGUCAAGUUUCUUUCUGCUUGUGUCCCUGAG